AUGAUCUGGGGCUGCUGCCUCUCCGGCUUCCUCCUCUGGCGCGCCCUGGCCGCGCUGUUUGAGGCGGACGCCGGCGCAGGCAGCGGCGAUGGCGGCGGCGGCGGCGGCGGGUUCUGGCGGGGCGUGCCUGACGAGAUGCCCUUCUACCUGCUCACGGGGUCGACGCUGCUGCACGCGCCGUGGAGCAUAGGGUUCCACUUGUUCCGCGGGAUGCGACCCUCUGUCUACAACCUGUGGCGCCGCCUGGACCAAAUCUUCAUUUUCCAGGUCUCCCAACUCGUGACACUUGCCACUGCCUGGUUUGUCUACGAGUCGUGGUGGCCCGUCGCCCUCAACUUGGCCGCCGCCGUCGCCACCGCGGCGCUCGCCACCAAGAGCACCUGGGCGCUGAAGCCGGGGCAGCGCAGGCCCCCCGGCCAGAUGGUCGCACUCAUUUCAUGCAUCGUCCUUUGCUACAUGUGGCCCCUAGCCUUCCAAGCCUCCCGCGAUCUGUCCGCCCGGCUUCCGCCCCAAGACCCCGCCGCCCCGCGGCCGCCGCUCUCCGCCGCCGGCUGCGCGGCGGGGGCCGCACUGGCGCUCGGCGCGGGCGCCGCGGUGUAUGCCGCUGGGCUACCCGAGAGGGCCUUCCCGGGCGUAUUUGACGUGAUCGGCUCCAGCCACCAGCUGAUGCACGUCACCCUGCUGGCGGCGCACGCGUUUGAGUACGCGUUUGUGCUCGAGAUGUGGGCGCGGCGGCGGGCGGAGCGCCUCGGGGCGUGA